CGAUUGGACAGAUAAGACGUCGAUCAUAAAGUGCGAACAAUAACAGAGUUAAACUGUAGUAAACAGAGCAGCAGCACAGCGUUCAUACUGCAGAACAAGCAGAAGCAGUUAAAAUGACGCAACCGAAGGAGGAAUAUGAAGAUAUAUCAGAGCCAUGUGGAGUGGAACCUGAAGAAGUUCUCACCAUGGUUCAUGAAGAAGAUGGAGAGGAGGGAAAGACACAAGCACACAAGCGUCACUAUUGCAGGGAGUGUGGGAAGAGCUUCAGCGUGCGCGCGCGCUUCAGACGACACAUGCGCAUACACACCGGAGACAAGCCCUACCGCUGCUCACACUGCCAGCUGUGCUUCACGUCUCAGGAGAACCUGACCGAGCACGCACAGAAACACUCCGGCCACAGACCCCACCGCUGCUCGCAGUGCGGCAAGGGCUUCUUCAGACCGGGCAGGCUGGAGAUCCACCGGAGGAUCCACACCGGAGAAAAGCCCCAUCACUGUGCUCAGUGUGAGAAGAGCUUCAAGAGCGGCGAGGAGCUGCAGCGGCACGCACUCAUACACACGGAGGAGAAGCAGCACCACUGCUGUCAGUGCGAGAGGAGCUUCAGGAGGAGCGCUCAGCUGCUCCGACACAUGCGCACACACACCGGAGAGAAACCCUACAGCUGUGUGCAGUGUGACCGGUGCUUCUCACGGCCCGAACACCUCAGGGGCCAUCAGCACAGAGCUCACCCGGCCCAGACGCACGAGCCCGCUUAAUGUCCAGCCGCACCUGUGCUCUCAAACACCAGCGCUUCGUUCCAGAGAACAAUACACAUCUAUCAAAAACUCUUCUCUUUUGUUGCUAUAAUUGCAUGAGUGACAAAAGAGAUCCAUCUGAUUUGGGUUACCUAAUGGUGUAAUAAAUGACUUAAUUGCAAUAUAAAAAAGGAGGAUCAUUUUUAUUUUGAGAAAUGAUGGUUUUCUUCAUUCACUUGCAUGAAUAAGAAUACUUUUAUACUUUUAUAAGACAUUUAUAAUGCUCAAUCAUUUGGUACAUCUAUAGAUUUCUACAGCAGAUUCUAUAAAACUGAUUAAAAACUAUAAUGAGGAUUUCACCCUUGUGAAGAAGGAGUAGCAUACUUUUAAAGAGCUCUUAUUACAGUUUAUAUAUAUACACAAUUUUAUAUAUAAAAAAAUAUAUAUAUACAUACACAUACAUAUAUGUUUUUAUACUUCUUGUAUUCUAUUGUGUUUAAUUUGUAUGGUAUUUUUAUUGAUAAUUUGGUUUACUCCUGCCCAGGGACAGCAGAUGAAAUUUAGCUCUGUAGCUAAUUCUGGGGUAAUACUUUAUUGUCCAUUGUACCUGUCAAAUAAAGAAUAAAUAAAUAAAUAAA